AUGGAGGGCGUGGGGAAGAUGCCCAGGAUGCGCGCCGCCUGUGUGGCCGCUGGGAGCCACAGCCCCAGGGCGAGCAGCAGCAAGGGCAGGCGCGCGAUCAGAGCUCCCAUGGCGGCUGGCGCUCUCUCCACUAGCACUCAGGCAUCUGCGCGCGGGGCUUUUUAUCUGCUCGAGCCUCUGCGCCUUGGUGUUGCUCGUGUUGGCCAACUUAAAAAUAUUGAAACAUGGUUUGUUAUGAAGAGUAAGAACACCAUUUGCAAAACUGCUCCACCAAUGUUUUAUUCAGGGUCGUCGUGCGUCGUGAUUGGUUCUUUGGGAGUCAUGGUGUGUCGUGAUUCGUCAGAUCAUGUGGUAGCGCUGGUGGCGAUGGCCGGGGUCUUGGUGCGGUCUGAUUGGUCGGGGGGCUGUUCUGAUUGGCUCCCGUCCAUAGCCUUAGAGAGACCGCUGAUAACAUUUUUUGCCGCUUCUCUUCUGAGCUCUGUGAUAGAGAAGGCGGCGCCUCCGUUGUUACGAGUUAGCUCUGAGGCGUUGAGUCCAGAUAUACUGCUUCGUGAUCAGUGCACGUGUUAUGUGGAGCAGCGCGAGCGCUGGCGUAGGGCCUUGGGUAAGGCAAGCGAACGCGGCGAAGUUUCGCUUAGCGUAAGCGGCCGGCGCGGAGGGAGCGGGCUUGCUACACUCGCGACGCGCUCGUCGGUGCGGGGCGGCGAGGAGCGGUUUGCCACAUCUCGAUAUGUGGAGAACCUGUGA